GGGGGAGCCGCACAAACGCUUCGUAGACUUCAGUGCGAGCGGACACCAUUUAGCACAGACGGAAGAAUAUUAAUAAUGAUUCUGAUUACUUUGGCCCUGGGGCUGGCCACGGUCGGUCUGCUGUACCUGCUGAUGAGCUGGAACUUUGACCACUGGCGCAAGCGCAGGGUGCCGGGACCCAAGCCAAGGGUUCCCACUGGCAAUUAUCCCAACAUGUACAACAUGAAGCGAAAUGCAAUCUACGACAUCAAUGACAUCUAUGUGAAGUACAAGAACAAAUACGAUGCUGUGGGUGUAUUCGGUGGACGUGUGCCACAGCUGCUGGUGGUUAAUCCGGAACUGGGACGACGUGUGUUUGUCUCGGACUUCAAGCACUUCCACGACAACGAGCUGUCCAAAAUGAUCGACGAGAAGACCGACUUCAUCUUUGCCAAUAAUCCAUUCUCGCUGACCGGCGAGAAAUGGAAGCAGCGUCGCGCCGAUGUAACCCCAGGCCUGACCAUGAGUCGAAUUAAAACGGUCUAUCCAGUGACGAACAAGGUGUGCCAGAAGCUGAAUCAGUGGGUGGACAAGCAGAUACGUCUGGGUGCACCCGAGGGCAUCAAUGCCAAGGAUAUGAGUCUCUGCUUCACCUCUGAGAUGGUCACCGACUGUGUGCUGGGGCUCAGUGCCGAGAGCUUCUCGGAUAAUCCCACACCCAUUAUGGGCCACAUCAAGGAUUUGUUCAACCAGCCGUGGACCUUUCUCCUAUAUUUUGUGGUCGUCAGCACUUUCCCCUGCCUGGGCCGCCUGAUCAAGCUGCGCUUUGUGCCGCUCAAGGUGGAACGGUUCUUUGUCGGGCUCAUGGAGAACGCUGUGCAGACACGGCGUGCCCAAUUGGCUGGUGGGAAGCAAUUUGAGCGCACGGACUUCCUCGACUACAUACUGCAGCUGGGCGAGAAGCGGGACAUGAACACACGCCAGCUGUUGGCGCACACCAUGACCUUCCUGCUGGAUGGGUUCGAGACGACGGCCUCAGUGCUCGCCCACAUGCUGUUGCUGCUGGGACGCAAUCCUGAAGAGCAGAAGCGCCUGCGAGAGGAGAUCCGUGCUCAUGUCAAGGAUGGCAUUGUCAAUUUCGAGAAGCUAAAUGAAUUAACCUUCCUCGAUGCUUGUGUGCAAGAAACGAUUCGCAUCUUCCCACCCGGCUUCAUGUCCAUCAAACUCUGCACCGAGGCCAUUGAGCUGCCCAACAAGGAUGGCCCCAACUUCACUGUGGAUGUGGGCACCAGCGUUGUGGUACCCCACUACUGCUUCAUGUUGGACGAGGACUACUUCCCCGAACCGCAGUCCUUCCAGCCCGAUCGUUUUAUGGAGCCCGAUGCGGUCAAGAAGUUCCGCGAAAGUGGCACCUUCAUGGGAUUCGGUGAUGGUCCACGCGUCUGCAUUGGAAUGCGCUUUGCCAUGGCUCAGAUCAAGGCGGCUGCCGUUGAGCUAAUAACUAAAUAUAAUGUCAAGGUGAACCCAAAGACUCGCAAGGACAACCUCUAUGAUCCCGUGGCCGUUAUUCCUAGCUUGCAAGGUGGCAUCUGGCUAGACCUCGAGGCGCUUUGAAUGUCGCAAUGUGGGGACCCACCCAAACCACC